CAUUAGGCUUCUUGAACGCAGCACCAGAUGCUUCUAUUUCCGCUAAAACCCCGCGCGCGUUCUGACAGGCAGGACCAACGUGGAGUUGUGAUAUUAAGAAAGGUUUAUUUUACUCCACAUCUGUUAAACAUCAACUUUAGCACGUUUGUUCGGAAAAUCAACGUGAACUUCCUCAGGUCCAAGAAGCCGCGAGAUUCCCGGAAGGGAUUGAAAGUUGUCCCUAACCUGGCAGACAAAAUUUAGGGGUGAAGUUUACCCAUGGAGCCCCUUGUGCUUUUUUCCCAGUGUUUUCGCUUUUGCUGCUGUAGCAACGUAGAAGUGGAUGUUGGUCCAAAACGAGUUAACUGACCCGUCUUUGACUGGUUGCUUUGCUGCUUCAACGGAUUAAGCGAAACCACGUGAACCAGUCUCCGGUUUAUUGCUCAUACAAGAGGAAUAGCACAUCAUUGACCUGUUCCAAAGCUUAGCAUCUUUAUUUGCUGAAGAAACCGGCCAUCAUUAGCUCAUCAACUUGUCUCUUAUCUGAGUGAAGGCAGUCAGUGAAUACUAAAAGACCCCUGGAAAGAUGGAUGCUGGUGUUACAGAUCUGCAGGCCGAGCUGGACUCGGUGGAUGCCGAGCUGGAGCUGGUGGAGCUUCAGAUUUCCGAGCUGCUGGACAAGCAGGCCCAGCUGACUUCCCGGAAGAGCGCGCUGCUGCUGCGGCUGGAGAAGGGCUGCGACGCUGGCGGACAGUCAUCCUCAAAGUCCCCGGGCCCUGAGCCAGCCAUGAGCAAGAAGGAGCUGCAGCGUUACGACGGCACAGAUUUUCCCUGGUCCAAGGAGGUGGAAGAGCAUCUGAAGAACUCCUUUCAUCUCUCCAAGUUCAGAGCCCUGCAGCUUAGAGCCAUCAAUCUAACCAUGGCAGGGAAGGAUGUGUUUCUGGUCAUGCCAACAGGAAGAGGGAAAAGUCUCUGCUUCCAGCUGCCUGCAGUUUGCUCCAACGGUUUCACAUUGGUUAUCACACCACUUGUGUCUCUGAUGGAGGAUCAGAUCAUGUACCUGAAGUCGAUUGACGUUUCAGCGGUCAUGCUGAAUGCCUCGAGCAGUAAGGAGCAUGCCAAGCUUGUGAUGGCUGGAAUGACAGAUCUGAACUCCCCUUUCAAGCUGCUCUAUGUAACUCCAGAGAAAAUUGCCAAAAGCAAGCUGCUGAUGUCUCGCCUGGAGAAAGCCUACAAAGCAAAGCUGCUGAGUCGUAUCGCUGUGGACGAGGUGCACUGCUGUAGCCAGUGGGGACAUGACUUCAGACCAGAUUAUAAACUCCUGGGCAUCCUGAAGAGACAGUUUCCCUCGGUGCCGCUCUUCGGCCUCACGGCCACGGCAACGUGCAGCGUCCUCAAAGACUGCGAGAAGAUCCUGUGUGUGCAGCAGCCGGUCACGAUCACCGCCUCUUUCAAUCGGACUAAUCUCUAUUAUGAGGUUCGCAUGAAAGACUCUGACGAUGCUUUAAUGAAUGACAUUGCCUCUCUGAUUAAAGGGAAGUACAAGGACCAGUCAGGCAUUGUGUACGUGUUCUCCCAGAAGGAGGCCGAGACGGUAUCCUCUGAACUAAAGAAAAGAGACAUCUCAGCAUAUCCCUAUCACAGCAACAUGGACCCGGAGGACAAGUCCCAGGUUCACCGCAAAUGGACCUCUAACAAAAUCCAGGUUGUGGUCGCCACUGUGGCGUUUGGCAUGGGCAUUGAUAAACCAGAUGUCCGCUUUGUUAUCCACCACACCAUCAGCAAGUCCAUCGAGAACUACUACCAGGAGAGCGGCCGUGCAGGUCGGGAUGAUCUUCCAGCGGACUGCAUCGUCUAUUUUGGCUUUGCUGAUAUCUUCCGGAUCAGCACCAUGGUGGUCAUGGAGAAUGUUGGCCACCAGAAGCUGCUGCAGAUGGUUGCCUACUGCCACAACGUCGAUAGGUGUCGGCGCUCUCUCAUGGCCGUACACUUUGACGAGGUGUGGGACAAUGAGGGGUGUAACCAAAUGUGUGACACAUGCCGCAGUGCAAAAGACUACGGCAGCGUUGACAUAACUCAGCAUGCGAGACAAGUGGUGAUGAUUGUUGAGCAAGCGGGGUCCAUGGAUGAAAAGGUGACUCCGCUGAAGCUGGUGGAGACAUGGUUGGGGAGGGGCCCCGCCAAGCUCAGGAAGAUGAUCCAGACCACUACUGCUCUGUCUCGACGGCAGGCUGAAGCUGUCAUCGUCUCCUUGCUUCUUCAGGGAUACCUCAGAGAGGAUUACAGCUUCACUCCGUAUGCCACCUACUUCUAUAUGAAGCUGGGCCGCAAAGCUCCUCUGCUGAAGAAGGACACUCACACAAUCACCAUGAACAUGUGGACAGCUGGAGACGGACCUUCUGCGAGCACGCCAGCUGUGGAGGUCGGUGAGGAGGUGGUCUGUAUGAGCCUAGACCCCGCUGUCAUUAAGAGCAGAUGCCCCCCAAAGAAACUAACAAAGGAACAGAGGAAACAAGACCUGAAACCAGGCAGACCGCCAGAGGGAGCACAAAACCAGCCUGCUCAAGGGCAGGGGGAGGAAGAUAAAGAUGAGAGGCCAUUUAUGUCCCAACAUGUAGUAAACGUGGAUGUAGAAAUUAACACAGUGCACAAUGUGGAUGUAAGCGAGGGGCCAAAGUUGAAUCCGAUCGAAUCUGUUUCCAAGCAAACCUCGGCUAGCUCCUGGAGGGCGAGGAGAAAGCAUUGUGGUAACGUCAGAGCGGCAGGCCGAAACCUUCCAAGCGACAGCCCUGUCCUGACUGUGUCCAGCUCUCCUUCCCAGGGUUCAGUCAUAUCUGCAACAGCGGCUGAGGAGCUCUGUGACCUCAGGAACUACUACAGCAAACAGCUUAAGAGGAUAAACUACAUUUCCCACGAGCACCUAGGGCCCCCUCCGGAGACGGGGGUCCUGUCAUGUAUCAGGGAGCCUCUGAGAAGCCUCCGUCUGCCCCAGCGGGUCACCAUCGCCCAGACAGCGCGCAGUUUGUGGACACGUGUCAGCGGCAGGAGAAAAGCGCUCCAUCGCUGACAGCUUUGUAGCUUUGUUGCUACUUUGCGUUUACUGAAAAAAAACAGCUAAAGAUAGAUUUCACCUGACAAGACUCUAGAAAAGCAUUUUAGUUUAGUUUUUUUAUUAAUUAAUUAAAAAGAUGCCAUCAGAGGAAUACAACUUGUUCUUGUCAUCCACGGCAGAAUUAAAGACAAUUUAACUUUGAUGUUCUUUAGUAUGUAGACCACACCCUAAUAUGUUGGCCCUGGAAAUAAGCUAGUCCUCUGACAGCACUGAAGACUAAAUAUGUUGAAAAUCUCGUGCCUGCUGUAACUUCAGGCCUAUUUUUUCUUUUGUUUCCAAACUGAUUUGUAUCCCCAUCGUUCUGUCAUGUUACACAAAGAUUUCCUUUUCUAAAAGAAGCAGAUUUUUUUUACUUAUGUAAUAAAAGAUUAAAUUGUCUUACACUGAAAAAAAGUUAUUUAUAAAAGUUGAAGCAAUUUUGUAUGGAUGUGGGGGAAAGAAUCUAGUUUUAGGAAUAAAAUUGCCGUUGAAGAUAAA